AUGGCGUCCAAUGGCACGACCUCUUCCUUUUGUCUGGACCCUGCUGCGUUGAAGAUCACCGUCAGCGUGGUCCUCACCCUCCUCAUCCUCAUCACCAUCGCUGGCAAUGUAGUCGUCUGCCUGGUGGUGGGCUUGAACCGCCGGCUCCGCAGUCUGACCAACUGCUUCAUCGUGUCCUUGGCCAUCACUGACCUGCUCCUCGGCCUCCUGGUGCUGCCCUUUUCGGCCUUCCACCAGCUGUCCUGCAGGUGGAACUUCGGCAAGGUCUUCUGCAAUAUCUAUACCAGCCUAGAUGUCAUGCUCUGCACGGCCUCCAUCCUCAACCUCUUCAUGAUCAGCCUCGACCGGUACUGCGCCGUCACAGAUCCCCUGCGCUACCCCAUGCUGGUCACCCCUGUCCGUGUCACCAUCUCCCUGGUCUUAAUUUGGGUCAUCUCCAUCACCCUAUCCUUCCUGUCUAUCCACCUGGGAUGGAACAGCAGGACUGAGACCAGCAGUGCCAAUCACACCAUCCCAAAGUGCAAAGUCCAGGUCAACUUGGUGUAUGGCCUGGUGGAUGGGCUGGUCACCUUCUACCUGCCUCUGCUGGUCAUGUGCAUCACCUACUACCGCAUCUUCAAGAUCGCGUGGGAUCAGGCCAAGAGGAUCCAUAACGUCGGCUCCUGGAGGGCAGCCACCAUCAGGGAACACAAAGCCACAGUGACCCUGGCAGCCGUGAUGGGGGCCUUCAUCAUCUGCUGGUUCCCCUACUUCACCGUGUUUGUUUACCGUGGGCUAAAAGGGGAUAAUGCCGUCAACGAGACCUUCGAAGCCGUGGUUCUGUGGCUGGGCUAUGCCAACUCAGCCCUGAACCCCAUCCUGUACGCUGCACUGAAUAGAGACUUCCGCACGGCAUACCAGCAGCUCUUCUGCUGCAGCCCCACUGACCACAACACCCACAGAACUUCUCUGAAGUCCAACAGCUCUCAGCUGAUGAGGAUUCCAAGCCAAGGACCCAGGUGGCAGGAAGAGAGGCCCCUGAGGCUCCAGGUGUGGAGUGGGACAGAGGUCACGGCCCCCCAGGGAGCCACAGACAGGAAGGCAGCGAUGUCCUGCACCCUGUGCUCCAGCAAUCUUCUGAGCUGCUGCAAGAGACUGUGGGCGCUUAGGUUCCUCCAGAGACACGUAGGAGGGCCCUUGGAGGAGCAGCCGGGAGAGCCACUGACUGAGGAGCUGCUAAGGACACUGGCCCAGGAAUCGGUGAGGAUGCUGCCCUCUGAGGCUGUCUAG